AUGGAUAAUGGUUAUUGUGGACGGCUGCAUAACAAAGUAGCAGUCGUAACAGGUUCAUCUUCAGGGAUUGGUCGAGCGAUUGCACUCCGCUUUUCCAGUGAGGGUGCUCACGUAGUGUGCGCCGACACAGAUUCAACAACAGACAGCGACAGCGAUUCUGCUGAUGAUGCAACACACAAUGUCAUCCUCAGAAGUGGCAGGAAUGCUCUGUUUGUCAACACGAACGUGGGAAGCAGUCAGGAUGUAGAGAACCUGGUGCAGACGACAGUGUCCCAUUAUGGCCGGCUUGACGUCUUCGUGAACAACGCCGGCAUUACUUUCGAUCUCGAGACACUACAGCCGAUCUGGAGCGCCGACGAGGACCUGUGGGAUGACAUACAGCAAGUGUGUUCGAAGGGUGUGUUUCUUGGGUGUAAGUAUGCAUCAAGGCAAAUGCUCAACCAAGAUCCACACCCAAAUGGAGACCGCGGCUGGAUCAUCAACGUCGCGAGUAUCUUCGGAACGGUAGGGACAAGCAACUUUGCUAGCUACUGUGCUUCCAAAGGUGGCAUUGUCAACAUGACGAAGGCGGUUGCGUUGGACUGCGCGCCUCAUAGGAUACAUGUCAAUUGUAUCUGUCCUGGGUGGAUCUCGUCCCAGAUGACGAGCGAGAUGUUGAGUGACGGGGAGACGCAAGAUCACAUAAUCAGCCUGCACCCGUUCCGGGGCUUGGGCAUCCCGGACGACAUCGCAAGGGCUGCUGUGUUUCUAGCUUCGGAAGACUCUUCAUGGAUAACAGGAGUCGCAUUGCCGGUCGACGGAGGAUAUACAGCCCGCUGA